CUCAACCCGAUCUAGCCAUGGCCUUCUUGUGGAUCCUCUCCUGUCUCGCCUUCGUUGGCGCCGCCUACGGUUGCGGCUCUCCCGCCAUCGCUCCCGUCAUCACUGGUUACUCUCGUAUCGUGAACGGUGAGGAGGCGGUGCCUCACUCCUGGCCCUGGCAGGUGUCCCUGCAGGAUUACACCGGCUUCCAUUUCUGCGGCGGCUCUCUCAUCAAUGAGAACUGGGUGGUGACAGCAGCUCAUUGCAACGUCAGGACGUCCCACCACGUGAUCCUCGGAGAACACGACCGCUCCUCCAACGCUGAGGACAUCCAGGUCAUGAAGGUCGGCAAGGUGUUCAAGCACCCCCGCUACAACGGCUUCACCAUCAACAACGACAUCCUGCUCAUCAAGCUGGCCAGCCCCGCCCAGAUGAACAUGCGUACUUCCCCCGUGUGUGUCGCCGAGACCGCGGACAACUUCGCCGGAGGCAUGAAGUGCGUCACCAGCGGCUGGGGCCUGACUCGCCACAACGCUCCUGACACCCCCGCCCUGCUGCAGCAGGCCGCCCUCCCCCUGCUGACCCAUGACGAGUGCCGUCGUUUCUGGGGCAGCAAGAUCACCAACCUGAUGAUCUGCGCCGGAGCCUCCGGAGCCUCCUCCUGCAUGGGCGACUCUGGCGGUCCUCUGGUCUGUCAGAAGGCCGGAGCCUGGACUCUGGUCGGUAUCGUGUCCUGGGGCAGUGGAACCUGCACUCCCACAAGGCCCGGCGUGUACGCCCGCGUCACCGAGCUCCGCGCCUGGAUGGAUCAGACCAUCGCUGCCAACUGAGCAUCUCAGACAGUUUAAACCUGAUCAUCAAUAAAACACAGAAACUCUGAAACAGA